CGCCCACCAGGUCCAGAUUUGACCGCCACAAACGUACACAUACAAACAGAGGAACACACCACCUUGAAUCAUCCUAUAGUGACCAGGCAGUUGACCUCCAGGAAAGCCAGCAGCAGGAGUGUCAGUGUUCCGCAGACAGGAUGGGCCUCCUACUACUGCUCACCUCCUCGCUCCUCUUCAACUCCUUCUAUCCGGGGAUAUUGGUGGACGCUGGAUUAUUGAAUAUAAAAAACAUCCUCCUGUUCAUUGAGCCCAGUACUAGUGUGGCUUGGGACACAAAUGUGACUGUGAGAUGUAAGGCCACCAUCAUCCACUCGGGGACGGAGAUGCUGAGUCGUGAGUACACGAUAUACAAGGGCAGAAGAGAGGUGUACACCAAGACCUCCAGCACAUCAGAGGACAUGAUGUACCUGCUGCCCGGGGCCAGACUCUCCAACACCGGCAGAUAUAAGUGCAAGAUCAAUAUCGAGGGCAAAGAGAUGACAAGUGAAGCUACACAACUCACCGUGAGAGGCAUGAAACCAAUUCUCCACCUUGACAAAGAUGUUGUCAAUGAACAACACGAUGUAACAGCCACGUGCAGAGCGCCCGGGGAGACCGGCUCCUUUUACUUUUACUUCUAUGAGGACUCCAUAGAGAUCCCGGAAGAUCCGGUCAACUCCAACCAGCUAGAAGCCACGUUUCGCUUCAGCAGGAUUGGCAUCCACAAUCUUAGCUGUGCCUAUAGAAUACAGAACUUCAGGUCUGAAGAGAGCAACAUUAUCUCUGUUUCAGUCAAAGAGUUCCCCAUCACUCCAGUCCUGGAGAUUUUGCCUCAGUCCGAGGUUUAUGAAGGAGAUCAACUCAACAUCUCGUGCACCAUCAGAAUGCUUCUCAACAUCUCUGUGAGCAGCCCUCCCGACCUGUACCUGGUCCAAGGGACAAGGGCUCUCAGCAGUGGACUAACCAAGGUCAACCACAGCAUGGUCGCUCUGGCAGAGGACCCUGGGGAUUUUGAGUGCAAACUGGAGAUAGGACAUGUGAUCAAAGUCACCACAAAGAUGGUUCCAGUGACUGAGCUGUUUUCGGCGCCAACUCUCACCAUGUCUCCUGCCGAAGUCUUUCAAGAGGAUAAUAUGACACUAACCUGCAAAAGUGAGAACUACGCCUCUGAAAGAAUCACCAGGGAAGAUCUGACUUACACUCUUGAGCCGCCUGACAGCACACUGACCCCCGUGACGCCCGGGGUCUUCUCUGGCAGGGCCCUGCAGCUUAGUUUCACCCAUACCUGUGUAGCUCAAGCCAAGGGCAUCAUGAAACACAGUAACACCCUGACUGUAUAUCCUAAAGUGUCUGUCUCGAUCCCUAAGAUCUCAGUGGUUGGCAGGGUGGUCCUGGGACAACCAUUACAGAUCCUCUGUCAGUCGGACACUGGCAGUUUACCGAUCAACUACACCCUGCUAUGUGAUAAUGACAAGCUGAGCACAACCACUGUCAGGCUUCCCCGUCAGGAAGCUCUCUUCACAGUCACCAUCGUCAGGCCUGAGGAAAUAAACAAGUACAUGUGCGAGGCCAGUAAUAAUCACAGGAAGGCUCAGCUCAGUAAUAGACUCAACGCUGCUGUUAUAGUGCCUCUGACAAGGACGACUCUGACCGUCCUCCCCAGCUUAACAGAGAUCUCGGAGGGAGAUGAUCUCUACCUGAUAUGUGGCACUAACGGGUCGCCACCAGUCACCUUCAAGUGGUACCGUGAUGGUGACAAACAGCCGCUGUUCACCAACAUCACCGACCAGAACAACACACACUACAAAGUCUCACAGUUGUCCAAAGAGCACAGCGGCACAUACUACUGCGAGGCUAUCAACCACGCCAACAAAGUUGUCCGUAGCGAGAAGGUCACCAUAGAGGUACGCAUGGCGCUGUGGAAGAAAGCCGUGAUUGGGGGCGUGGGUGUGGUGGUGGUGUCGCUGCUGGUGCUGGCCUGCGUGCUGUACUGCAAAUCCAAGAGAGACGAAAUGCCAAUCUAUGAUGGCAUGGACGGGAAGUAUCACCAAUGGAGCAGCAACAGGAGCAUCUACAGUGUCCCAGCCACAGUGUAGAGAAGCUCUGCAGUAGGAGGGAAACAUUUUUUUUUACAAAGAAGCAUUAAUCCUUUUUAUCUAGAAUUAUUGUACAAUUGGACAUAUAUUUCACUCUAUAAAAUCUACACUCUCAAGAAAAAGGUGGGGCAUUGUUAUGCUGAGAUAUGGACCAAAACCCGCUGCUCCCUCUCCGCUCCUCCUGCAAUCUAAAUGGCAUUUGAUUUACUACUUAACAUUAAUGUCUUUCCUUUGUUCUUUCAUCCCCAUGUUUCUGUUUCUGUGAUUGCAUGUCCUUUUUUGUGAGAACUGCUCUUUUUUGUCUGAUUUAUAAAUAGCUUUGGUGACUGACUCAUUUGUAUAUACAUUUGAUCACCAUGACAGGAAAUGUAUGUAUAUAUUUUGGUUGAUCCCUUGACUGACUGGAAGAGACACUCGUAGAAUAAA